CUUCCAUAGCAUUAUGGUAUACCUUCUGAAGCUCAAAAUGAUAAACCCUUGCAGAACCCUAAUUUAGUCCUCACACAGCUAACAGAAAGGAGAACUGAAAGACUUUGAAUAACAAGAACAAGAAGCUGAAGUAGACACACAAGAUGGGGAAACUACCACCAUCCUUAAGGUCAGCCAACUUUGCUGUAAACACUCUCAUUAAAACUCCAUCUUCGGUUCCUCACCAAAAUAUCCCACCCCCAACCACAAAACCCCAUUAUUAUCCCAAAAAAUCACAAUCACCAAAGAAAAAACCCACACAAAAUACUGAACCCCAACUCCCAUCAAUUACAGCCUUUGAUUCAACAUCUCUUUCAGAUGCUAAAACCCUUUUCAACUCUCUCAUUUCCAAUACCAGGAACAUCCCUUCAGACAAUAAAUUCUAUAAUGCAAUCUUACAAUCAUUUUCCUCCAAUUCAACUCUCCAAGAUUCAAUCUUUUUCCUUAAUCACAUGAUCAAGAUUCACCCACCUUUCUCACCUGACAGAUUUACAUACCAUGUUCUCCUAAUCCAAUCUUGCAAAUCAGUUGACCUUUCUUUAACCCCUGUUCUUCAAGUUCUUAAUCUUAUGACUAACAAUGGUUUCCCUCCAAAUAAAGUCUCAACAGAUAUUGCUGUGAGGACCCUUUGCUCUUCGAACCGCGAAGAACAAGCCAUUGAACUGGUAAAAGAACUUUCUUCAAAAGAUUCUCCACCUGAUACAUAUACUUACAAUUUUAUUGUCAGGCAUCUAUGCAAGAACAGGCCUUUGAGUACUAUGAAUAACUUUAUUAAAGAAAUGAGGGAGGGUUUUGAUAUAAAGCCUGAUCUUGUUACAUAUACUAUUAUGAUUGACAAUGUUUGUAAUGGUAAAAAUCUUAGGGAAGCGACUCGAUUGUUGGGGGUGUUGAGUGAGGAAGGUUAUAAGCCUGAUUGCUAUGUUUAUAAUACAAUUAUGAAGGGUUAUUGUAUGUUAAGUCAAGGGGGUGAAGUGUUAGGUGUAUACAAGAAAAUGCAGGAGGAAGGAGUAAAGCCUGACCUUGUGACUUAUAAUACGUUGAUCUAUGGAUUGUCGAAGUCGGGAAGGGUGAAAGAUGCUAAGAAGUUUUUGAAUGUUAUGAUGGAGGAAGGCCAUAUUCCGGAUGCAGUCACGUAUACUUCGUUAAUGAAUGGGAUGUGUAGAGAAGGAGAUCCGUUAGGAGCGCUGGCAUUGUUGGAGAAAAUGGAAGCACGAGGCUGUGAGCCUAAUUCGUGUACAUAUAAUACAUUGCUUCAUGGGUUAUGUAAGGCAAGAUUAUUGGAUAAGGGAAUGAAACUGUAUGAUGGUAUGAAGCAUAAUGGUGUGAAACUUGAGACGGGGUCUUAUGGAACGUUUCUCAGAGCUCUCUGUCGGAAUGGCAGAGUAGCAGAAGCUUAUGAAGUUUUUGAUUAUGCAAUAGAGAGCAAGAGUUUGACUGAUGCUUCUGCUUAUACAACUUUGGAGAGCACUUUGAAGUGGCUUAAAAAAGCUAGAGAACAGGGACUUGUCGUUUGACCUCCAUUGCUGUCGUUCUGCUUCGAUAAUCAUUUGAAGCAUGUGUUCAGCGGCUCUGUGCGGUAUUUAGUUUUGCCUGGCACAAAUGUAGAACGGUUGAUUGAAUGAAUGACUUGCCUGCUGGUAAAGCUUUGAUCAUCUUCCAACAUUCUGUUCUGCCCGUCUUUCGGAGCAAUUCAAAACUUUUACAAACUUAUGCGUUGUCUUGUUGUGCGCUUGUUUGGAAAUCUUUGAACUGAACAUGGGUAUAGGCAUACAAGAGAUGAACUUUCAAAUCGAAGCAGGUAGUUAAUAGUCUAGUGAGGUCAAUAGCUGGCUUUCUAGCGUGCUGAUUAAUUAUGCAAAGAGUUGGAAUGGCAAGAAGUGAUCCCAAGAGGCUGAGUGACAUUUUAAGGCACAAGGCCGCAGCUUGGCUGGCUUGAAAAUUUAUUGAACUUUCUUCUAAAUUUAAAAACCAUCCUGUUAUUGAGUAUGUGUUAUCAGAGAUUGGAAGCACAACCACUAACCGGAGAGGGAUCCUUAUAUACAGCUGAUCGAAUAGAUCCGAAGACCAUCUUCAGUUUAUAUGUUGCAUUUAUUUCUGAAAUGAAGCAGAGGAGUCCAUCUUAAGUCUAAAUUUUCCAAUUUGGAUCUCUGUUGCUUAUCGUAGUGUUGCAGCUUUUGGUGUCUGAAAUGUUCUGUUCCCAUGUUCAGCCCGUAACUCAGUUAGCCCAUAAAACGAAUUAGUCUGAAAUAAAUUUACAUGAUGUUAAAA